CGCCGAGACCCCCGCCCCCGGGCUGGAGAUGCUCAUGUUCACGUGAAGAUGGAUUUAGCGUACGGCCUCGUGUGGAUGCUGACGGUGCUCCUGGAGGGGCUCUCCGGGCAAGGAGUCUAUGCUCCUCCCACAGUGCGGAUUGUGCAUUCGGGCCUGGCUUGUAACAUUGAGGAGGAACGCUACUCCGAAAGAGUCUACACCAUCCGGGAAGGGGAGACUCUGGAGCUGACCUGCCUGGUCACGGGCCACCCUCGUCCACAGAUCAGGUGGACCAAAACAGCAGGAAGCGCCUCUGACCGUUUUCAAGACUCAAGUGUCUUCAACGAGACUUUGAGGAUUACAAAUAUUCAACGGCACCAAGGAGGCCGCUACUACUGCAAGGCAGAGAAUGGUUUGGGUUCGCCAGCGAUAAAGUCAAUCCGAGUAGAUGUGUACUAUUUGGAUGAUCCAAUAGUAACAGUUCACCAAAGUAUAGGUGAAGCGAAAGAGCAAUUUUACUAUGAGAGGACAGUGUUUCUCCGGUGCGUUGCCAAUUCCAAUCCACCUGUGCGAUACAGCUGGAGACGUGGCCAGGAGGUCUUACUACAAGGAUCGGAUAAAGGAGUGGAAAUUUAUGAGCCCUUCUUUACCCAGGGUGAAACCAAGAUCCUAAAACUAAAGAACCUUCGACCUCAGGACUAUGCGAAUUACAGCUGCAUUGCUUCAGUGAGGAAUGUAUGCAAUAUUCCUGAUAAGAUGGUAUCUUUUAGACUCUCCAAUAAAACAGCAUCACCAUCAAUCAAGCUCUUGGUGGAUGAUCCAAUAGUUGUCAACCCCGGAGAGGCCAUCACGUUAGUUUGUGUCACGACGGGAGGAGAGCCCACCCCUUCCCUCACAUGGGUCCGAUCCAUCGGGGCUCUGCCUGAAAAGACUGUCCUGAAUGGAGGAACUUUAACCCUACCCGCCAUCACUUCCGAGGAUGCUGGGACGUACAGCUGCAUCGCCAAUAAUAACGUGGGGAAUCCAGCCAAGAAGUCUACCAACAUCAUAGUGAGAGCAUUAAAAAAAGGACGGUUUUGGAUCACACCUGACCCUUAUCACAAAGAUGACAACAUCCAGAUUGGGCGUGAGGUGAAAAUAUCCUGCCAAGUAGAAGCUAUCCCUUCAGAGGAGUUGACAUUUAGUUGGUUUAAAAAUGGUCGCCCACUACGAAGUUCUGAGAGAAUGGUUAUAACCCAGACGGACCCUGAUGUUUCCCCAGGGACCACAAAUUUGGAUAUCAUUGACUUGAAAUUCACCGAUUUUGGAACUUAUACAUGUGUAGCAUCUCUCAAAGGAGGCGGCAUCUCUGAUAUCAGUAUUGAUGUUAAUAUAUCCAGCAGCACAGUUCCACCCAAUCUGACUGUUCCACAGGAAAAAUCACCUUUGGUCACCAGAGAAGGAGACACCAUAGAACUGCAGUGCCAAGUGACCGGGAAGCCCAAACCCAUUAUCCUGUGGUCCAGAGCGGACAAGGAAGUCGUGAUGCCCGAUGGGUCCAUGCAGAUGGAGAGUUACGAUGGAACGCUGAGGAUUGUGAAUGUGUCCAGGGAAAUGUCAGGAAUGUACAAGUGUCAGACAAGCCAGUACAAUGGAUUUAACGUGAAACCCAGGGAAGCUUUGGUGCAGCUCAUUGUCCAAUAUCCCCCAGCUGUGGAGCCGGCGUUCUUGGAGAUAAGGCAGGGCCAGGGUCGGAGUGUCACGAUGAGUUGCCGGGUGCUGAGGGCCUAUCCAACCCGGGUCCUGACCUACGAAUGGCGAGUGGACAGCAAGCUGAUGCGAACGGGUCAGUUCGAUGGUCAAGAUUCUUCGGAGUAUCCUGUGAAGAGUCUGUCAAAGGAAAACUAUGGGACCUACAAUUGCAACAUCAUAAAUGAAGCCGGUGCCGGGCGGUGCAGCUUCCUCGUUACAGGAAAGGCCUACGCCCCAGAAUUCUACUAUGACACGUACAACCCAGUUUGGCAGAACAGACACCGCGUAUACUCAUACAGCCUUCAGUGGACGCAGAUGAAUCCCGAUGCCGUGGACCGCAUUCUGGCGUACCGCUUGGGUUUUAGGCAGGCGGGGCAACAGCGUUGGUGGGAACAGGAGAUUUCCAUGAAGGGGAACAUUCAAAAAGGAGAACUAAUUACUUACAAUCUGACCGAGCUGGUUAAGCCAGAGACUUAUGAAAUCCGACUAACUCCCAUGACCAAGUUUGGUGAGGGAGACUCCACAUUUCGUGUCAUCAAAUACAGCGCUCCAGUAAAUCCUCACUUGCGAGAGUUUCACUGUGGAUUUGAAGAUGGCAACAUCUGUUUAUUCACGCAAGAUGAUACAGAUAAUUUUGACUGGACAAAGCAAAGUACGGCAACCCGGAAUACAAAAUAUACUCCAAAUACUGGGCCCAAUGCAGACCGCAGUGGCUCUAAAGAAGGUUUUUACAUGUACAUUGAGACGUCGCGACCCAGGUUGGAAGGAGAAAAGGCCCGGCUGCUGAGCCCUGUUUUCAGCAUAGCCCCCAAAAACCCUUAUGGACCCACGAACACAGCGUACUGCUUCAGCUUCUUCUAUCACAUGUAUGGACAACAUAUAGGUGUUUUAAAUGUUUACCUGCGUUUAAAGGGACAGUCUACAAUAGAGAAUCCAUUAUGGUCUUCAAGUGGAAAUAAAGGACAACGCUGGAAUGAGGCCCAUGUUAAUAUAUAUCCGAUCACUUCAUUUCAGCUAGUUUUUGAAGGCAUUCGAGGCCCUGGCAUAGAGGGAGAUAUUGCUAUUGAUGAUGUUUCUAUUGCCGAAGGAGAAUGUACAAAACAAGAUCUAACGACGAAAAAUUCAGUUGAUGGUGCCGUCGGAAUUUUAGUACAUAUAUGGCUUUUCCCAGUUAUCGUCCUCAUCUCUAUUUUAAGUCCUCGAAGGUGACCUUACUCUGGCAGAGGCUAUAAAAGAUUCACCAGACACUGGCAUGAAGAAAGAGUCUUUGUAAAUGAACACUUAAAAACAAACUACCAAAGAUUCCUCCACUGACUUCUGACUCAAAUAAUAAUAAUAAUAAUAAUAAAAAAGCACUGGGGUAAAAGACAUCACGGGAGCAUAACUUAUUCCAAACGACAAAAGAAAGGUGAUCUUGGCCUAAGUAAAGAAGAGAGCUUCAGGUGCUUUUGUGGUUAAUAAGAAUACAGCAUCAUCUGGUUGAACUCUGAAAAAAAAAAAGAGCUAUAGAAAUCCUUGUCAAAGCACAAAGUCAUGGCUGGUUUUGUUUCAAAUGAAUAGUUUGCUUGUUACCAUGGAAACCUAAUGGCCUGCCAACAAAAACCUCACUGUAAACAGGGUACGUGAAGAGCUGGCAUUUAUUUUCCCUUUCAAGAAGGUUUUUAGUAGAGAAUUAAAUAAAUGUAGGUCCUUUUGCUUUUGGCUGUCACCUUUCCUUGAAAAUAACCCUAACUCAAAGUUGUGUAAGACAUUUAUGUUCCUUUUUUUUUUUCCCCAUGGCUAAGCUAGAAAACUGUAUGCUGUCUCUUUUUGCAUGCAUUACUAUCCAGGCUGUGAAUCCUGGGCUUACAUAUAACACAGGCUUAUCGGAGUUUGCUUGCGGCCACUUGAACACCCAACUAAGUCAUCUGUUCAAAGGAAGAAACCAAACCACCAUCUUUUAUAAAUCGCCAUGGAAACCAAGUGCCUUCAACGAAACAAGCCUGAAAAUUUUUCAACACAGAAGCUUGCACUGCUACGAGUGGUUUGCGUAAAACUAUUUUAUAAACCAACUACAGAGCCGAAAACUGGCCAAUUGCAGGCAAGAAAACAAAAGCGCUUCUGGAGAAGGAUGGACCUCAGUUGCUGCGUAAGCCCUUUCAGACAAGAUAUUUGUUGUUUAACCUUCGAGACAGCCAUGGCCUUUCAGCUUCCCAUCUAUUAGAAAAUAGCUUCCAUCAAUACUGGAAAUGGAAGCCACACUUUUUUUUUUCCAGGUUAUUAAGUGGGUCAACCAGAGCAAAAGGUUGUUGAGAUAUACUUAGCUCAGAAGGUGGUGAAACACAAAAGUGAUUUUCGUACUCUAACCUCCAUUUGAAAUGAAAUUGGCCCUAGCUCUAGAGGAGGAAAGAAAGCGUGUGUGAUUGCAGUGCAUACAAACUCAACAGCGACAUUGGGUCUGAAAAUCUGGCUUUUAGUCUAAACCCUGAGGGGGAAUAUGCCUCUGCCCUUUAGUCAGACUGUGCAGAUUGUGAAAUAUUAUUUUAUUAUUUUAGCAAGAUUUAAAAGAAAAAAAAAACUUUUACAAAAAAACCUGUAAAAAUAAUUUUGAGCUACCUGAGGAUAGAUAAUACCUUUAACCCGACCCUUUUCCAAUGCGUUGUAAAUUUCCCUUACACUUGUUGGUUAUGAAAAUUUGAACACCUUUUUCCUUAAAUUAUCUCCGCUUUUAACUUCAUCGAAAAAGUCCUUUGUCUAAAGAAGAGUAUUAUUAAAUGUUCUUUCAACACCCCAGGUUAAAAAAAAACACAAGUGAUUAUGCAAGUAAUUGGGAUAUAAAUAUAAAAAAAAAUAACAUUUGCAAACAUUAAUAGAAAAAGCACAACAAGAUGUAGUGGAACAAUGACAAGGCU